GGAUUGAUACAUGUGAUUAUGGGUAAUGACAAGCACAUUACUUAUGAAGAGCUGUGCAAUGCUGUUAGCCUGGUUCAUAAAGGGAAGGCACUCGCUCAAUCGGAAGCUGUACAGUUUGUUUUCCGCACCGAAACAGACAGAGCUCUGAACUUCUGAUCCUUUCCACAAGUAUAUUCUUUUCCCUUGAAAAUCACUUCAUCAUUUUUGGAGCAGAGACUCAUCUUCAUCAGCAAUAGACGGCUUCGCCUUGCCCAAACCACAUGCCCUCCUCCCUCUCAUGUUCUACCUUUUUUGGCAGCAGAUUUCCAUUACACAGCUGCCUGAUCAUGAUGGGGAUCAGAAAAGCCACGAAGUUGCGUGUGGUUUCUCAAAUCCUUUUGCAAAAGAGUUGAGGUAAGAUGUGGCCGAUUAAAGAAGAUGCAGGUCACAGCUUUAGGCAUUUCAAUAGCGACAGUGAGCGCAGGACGAUGCCACCGAAGAAAGCACAAAACGGCAAAUUGUUAAAGCAAAAAAGCAUUCUAGUUUUUGAAGAAGGGUUCGUGGGUGAGGGAGAGAGAAUUGAUGGUUGCUUAUCUUACUUACACCUGCCAAAUCUUGUGGAGGAUUGUAUUAUCAAGGAAAAAGAAAUAGUGAGUGCAGAUUUUGCUGGCACUGAUUCUGGGAGGACCGCAGAGGAUCAAUCCGUCUUGUAUUGACAGUAUGAUCCAACCGUGAGUGGUGUUCAGUACUACUUCACGCAUGACAUUGGUGUGGCUCUACAGGCCUCGAAUUAAAUAUGCCUCUGAAGGAGAAGAACCCAACAUUCCACUGGGAAGGAACGCACUCCAAGUUCUACGAAGAUGAGUUAGUGGCCGAUGCAUAUUGCUAACUAAGAAGCGAAUAGCCACGGGAAAGAAUCGUCCUCGGUAGGUACAUUUAUCUAUCCGAUGAUGGUCUGAUAUGGAGGUAACGAUCCGUUCCCGAUUCCGGAUUCCCGGUUCCCGAUUCCUUCCUCGGUGUUCCCACUAUGGAGCUUGAAUUAGAAUCUCUCUUAGUGGACUGAUCCUAACUAAACAUUCAAUGGUGGGAUAAGAAAGGAGGUUAGAUGGAUAAAGAUGGGUGGCCACAACCGGAAAGGAAGUGGUUCGAGUGGAAGCCAGGUCCUUCAUUAUAUUAUCAGAAAGGAAGAGGGAAAGGGUCUUUUGGAUUGGUGGUGGACAGACAUGACCAGGGCAUUUCCGCAGCGACGCAUCCCCACUACGUCACUUCACUCCCUUCAGCUCACCCUCACCUCCGUCAUCCAGGUUUAAUCUCUCUCAACUGCUCUGUUAUAUCAUGUCCUUUUCGCUGGAGACAGAAUAUUCCGUUAGUUAUCUAUAGUUAAAUUACAGUGAUGGAACUGUACGCCUUCGUAGCAGCAUUGUUACGACUCCUCCUACCACUAUAGGAUUGAUGAAUGAAGUGAUAUGAAUUAGAGUUGUGGACAUUUCGACCACAAGUGAUGUAUGACCAAAACACCCAACAGAGUAUGGAAGCUAAACUUCUGUUUCUACUACUACUACUACUUCGAUGUUGGGGAAUGGCUACAAGCAGCAGUCGCUUUCUGUUUCUCCCCACAUGAGUUCACGAUUCCCAUGCACAAAAGUAUCCACGUAUCGUCUUCCUACAAGAGGAGCAAAAGAACCGGAACCCGACCAAACGACACUCCCAACUCAUCCUUCAGCCAUGAAACCACCACCCCUUGCAAUAGAAGUAGAAGCCCCGGCAGCAGCGGUAGUACUACCUUCGUCUUCGCCGAGAUGGGCUGCCGGCAUCAUCAAGCGGACCGUCCUCUCGGAGCUCCGGUCGCAGCGAGGGAUCGCGCUUCCCCUGGUCGCCAUGAACUUGACGUGGUUCGCCAAGACCGCCAUCACCACCGCGUUCCUCGGACGGCUCGGGGAGCUCGAGCUGGCCGGUGGAGCCCUUGGCUUCACCUUCGCCAACGUCACGGGCUUCUCGGUUCUCACCGGCCUCUGCGCCGCCAUGGAGCCCAUCUGCGGCCAGGCCUACGGCGCCAAGAACUACAAGCUCCUGCGCAAGACGCUCCUCAUGGCCACGAUCCUGCUACUGCUGGCCUCCCUCCCCAUCUCCUUCCUGUGGCUCAACGUCGACAGGAUCCUAUUGCGCUUCGGGCAACAGAGGGACAUCGCCGGCCUCGCGAGGAGGUACGUCACGUACCUCCUCCCUGACCUGGCCGUGACGUCCUUCCUCUGUCCUCUCAAGGCCUAUCUGAGCUCCCAGGGCGUGACCCUCCCCACCCUCUUCAGCUCGGCCAUUGCGCUGGCCUUCCAUGUUCCCCUCAACGUCGCGCUGUCGAAGGCGAAGGGGCUGCAGGGCGUGUCGACGGCCAUCUGGUUGACGGACCUCACCGUCGUGCUCAUGCUGGCGUCUUACGUGGUGGUGACCGAGAGAGCAAGGCGGCGAGAGGACAGCGCAGGGGGGUGUGCGGAGGAGGGAGGGCGGCGGUGGUGGGAGCAAAGCCUGGCCGAGUGGGCCACUCUGCUCAAGCUCUCGGCCCCCUGCUGCCUGACGACGUGCCUGGAGUGGUGGUGCUACGAGAUCCUGGUGCUGCUCACCGGGCGGCUCCCCGACGCCCGGCGCAUGGUGUCGGUCAUCGCCGUCGUGCUCAACUUCGACUACCUGCUCUACUCGGUGAUGCUCUCGCUGGCGACGUGCGCGUCCACGCGGGUGUCCAACGAGCUCGGGGCGGGCAGGCCCCGCGCCGCCCGCGAGUCGGCUUACGUGUCGCUGGUCCUCAGCGUCCUCGCGGGCUUCACGGGGGGAGCGGCGAUGGCGAGCGCGAGGGGGCGGUGGGGGCGCCUCUUCAGCCACGAGCCGGGGGUCGUGGACGGGGUGAGGAAGAUGAUGCGGCUCAUGGCGCUGGUGGAGGUGGUCAACUUCCCUCUGGCGGCCUGCGGCGGCAUCGUCCGGGGCACCGCCAGGCCGUGGCUAGGCAUGUAUGCCAGCGUCGGCGGGUUUUACCUGGUGGCGCUGCCGCUGGCGGUGGUGAUGGGCUUCACGGCGAAACUCGGCCUCGGCGGCUUGCUGCUGGGCUUCCUGGUGGGCACAUUAGCCAGCGCCGUGUUGUUGGUGGUGUUCGUGGCGUGCAUCGAUUGGGACGAGGAGGCCGGCAACGCACGGAGCUUGGCCGGUAAGGCUUAACGCCUUAGGAAAGCAGAGCAUGACGGGACGGGAGCACAAAGAGAUGAAGCAAUAUUAGAUAUCGCUGCAUCUUCCUACCAAAAAAGCCAGCAAAAACAUUUUGAAAUCUGUCAAUAAAUACCCUAUCCAUGUUAUGUUUUC